AUGGAUUCCGGGCGCCAGCCACCCGAACGGCGCCCUGUUGCCGAACGAAGAGGGGACUAUCAGGAACUUUACCUGGACUGGCCGGAGUCGGCGGCCCGGGAGCAGGGUUCCCGUUGCAUGGAUUGCGCCGUUCCCUUCUGCCACAUGGGUUGCCCGCUGGGCAAUGUGAUACCGGAAUUCAACCACCACGUCUACCAGGGGGAGUGGAAAAGGGCCCUGCACGUUCUCCUUAGCACCAAUAAUUUUCCGGAGUUUACCGGGCGGAUUUGCCCCGCUCCAUGCGAAGCUUCCUGUGUGCUGAGCAUUAACACCGACCCGGUUACCAUCGAGUACAUCGAAAAAGAAAUCUCGGACCGGGGCUACAAAGAAGGUUGGAUAACCCCGCAGCCGCCGGAGCACCGCACCGGCAAGAGGGUUGCGGUGGUUGGUUCGGGGCCGGCCGGUCUGGCCGCCGCCCAACAGAUCAACAGAGCCGGACACUGGGUCACGGUUCUUGAACGGGCCGAUUAUAUUGGCGGUCUGCUGAUGCUGGGCAUCCCCGACUUCAAACUCGACAAGCACGUGGUCAACCGCCGCGUACAAUUGAUGGCCGACGAAGGAAUCGAGUUUCGGACUGGCGUUAACGUCGGGGUCGACUAUCCGGUCAAGGACUUGCUGGAAGAGUACGACGCCGUUUGCCUGACCGGCGGCUCCACCCAUGCCCGGGACCUGCCGGUGCCAGGACGGGAGCUGGAUGGUAUACAUCUGGCAAUGGAUUAUCUGCCCCAGCAGAACAAGCUGCUGGCCGGCGAAGAAAUAGAUCCAACCUCACACAUUUCCGCAGAAGGCAAGCGCGUAGUCAUUCUGGGCGGUGGCGACACUGGCGCUGACUGCCUGGGCACAGCCCACCGACAGGGUGCGGAGGUCGUUUACCAGUUCGAGUUGCUCCCUGAACCGCCAGAUGAGCGGCCUGCCAACAAUCCUUGGCCCCAGUGGCCCAUGAUCCUCCGCUCGUCAGCGGCCCAUGAAGAGGGUGGAAUUCGCGACUACAACGUCCUCACCAAGUCGUUCUCCGGCGGCGACGGACAGGUGAAAAAGCUCCAUGCCGUCCGCGUUGAGUGGACCGCAGGCGAGGAUGGCCGCUUUAACAUGAACGAAGUGCCCGGCAGCGAGAUGGAAGUUGAAACUGACCUGGUCUUGCUGGCGAUGGGUUUCCUGCACCCGGAGCAUGAGGGUAUGCUGACCGACCUGGGUGUGGAACUUGACCCAAGGGGCAACGUCAAAGUAGACGAGAAUAAGAUGACCAACAUUCCCGGCGUAUUCGCUGGCGGCGACAUGGCUCGGGGCCAAUCCCUGGUAGUCUGGGCCAUCGCCGAAGGCCGCGAAGUAGCCCGGGGCGUUGACCAGUAUCUGGUGGGUAGCAGCAAGUUGCCGAAGUCUAUGCCGACCAGUUAG